AUGACUCUAGAUAGGUUGAUGUCUCAUCAUAACACUCGCAACACACAACUACCAGUGGAAAUCGUUGAAAUAAUUCUGAACGCUUAUAUUAAGAACGCAGGGUUUAUGGAACAAGAUCCCCUAAACAGCGCAAAUAUAUCUUACUUACAUCCUGAAAUUUCAAGGCAGUUGUUACGCUUGCGUUUAUUGGCAAAAUCAUGGAACGAAGCAAUUGUACCAUUUGUGUACAAAGCUUUGUACCUAAACACAACAAGGAAGGCCAACAUUCUUUUGACUUCCUGGAAGGGGGCACCUCACCUUGAAUCAUUAUCAAUUAAUUGCAAUUCACUCGGAUCCUUAAACUUAAACGUUGGAUCAUUGCCCAAUCUGGCCCACCUCUGCUUGGUGGUUCGUCCAGGGAACAUGGAAGCUCUCACUCGUUUCUGCCAAGCGGAAGAUAGAAAAAUUAAAUUCCUCGAGCUUAUAAGCCCAGGAGCCCGAGAUCAGUGCCGCCCGAUUUUCAUGGCUUUAAAAGAUUCGCUUGAAACCAUUUUUGUGGAUCCAGUUCCAGGGCGAUUUCCCCGAGAUGUGGCCAAUUUGGAAUUUGUUAACCUCCGGGUCGUGCGUUGCUUGACUUGCGCUUCUUCGCCCUCUGGAUACGCAUGGCUACAUAAACCAAUCUUUAAAAACAUGCAGGUUCUCAUCGCCCACUACUGGCACGGGAGCGCUUAUUGGAAACAACUUUUGAAAUUGAUUCAACGUAAACCGAUUGAGUUGCCUCCAAAAUUCAAACGAAUUGUCUUCAUAAGUUCUAAGGGUCCGAGCUUAGAAGACAAUGAGUUAGUCGCGGCUUUUAAGAGUCAUAAAAUAGAGUGUGUUUUCGCCUAUCACUUAAGAUACAAACAGAUCAUGGAUUUGCAGAAUUGGAAUGGGAAGCAUACCAAGGGGCAAAGGGCGAACGAGUGA